AUGUCUCCGAUCUCAGAUCACUUCGCUGACGACACGAUUACUCUUACUCCUUACGCAGUUCUCAUUCUCAUCGCUAUCUUUUCGGUUCUCUGGUACCUUUUUAAACGCCAACCGCAACCGCCUCUACCGCCUGGACCGCGAGGGCUACCUAUCGUCGGAAACCUCCCGUUUCUUGACCCGAACCUUCACACCUACUUCACAAAACUCGCUCAAGAACACGGUCCAAUCUUCAAACUCAACCUCGGCUCCAAACUAACCAUCGUGGUCAACUCUCCAUCGUUGGCUCGAGAGAUCUUGAAAGAUCAAGACAUCAACUUCGCAAACCAUGACGUGCCCAUCACGGCUCGAGCCGCUACUUAUGGCGGUCUCGACCUCGUUUGGUUACCAUACGGUGCCGAAUGGAGAAUGCUUAGAAAAGUUUGUGUUCUCAAGCUUCUUAGCCGCAAGACUUUGGAUUCUUUCUACGAGCUUCGACGCAAAGAGAUCAGAGAAAGAACAAGAUAUUUGUACAAGAAAGGUCAAGAAGAGUCUCCCGUGAACGUUGGAGAUCAGUUGUUCUUGACGAUGAUGAAUCUAACGAUGAAUAUGUUAUGGGGAGGUUCGGUGAAAGCAGAAGAGAUGGAGAGUGUUGGAACAGAAUUUAAGGGAGUGGUUUCUGAAAUAACUAGGCUUUUGGGUGAGCCUAAUGUCUCGGAUUUCUUCCCGUCGAUAGCGAGGUUUGACCUUCAAGGGCUUGUCAAGAAGAUGCGUGUGUGUGCUCACGAGCUCGAUGCUAUAUUCGAUCGAGCCAUCGAGCACAUGCAAAGGCUAAAAAGUAGUGAUGACGAUGAUGGUGAAUGCAAAGACUUUUUGCAACAUUUGAUGAAGUUAAAAGACCAAGAAGCUGACUCGGAAGUUCCCAUUACGGUUAACCAUGUCAAAGCCGUGCUCAUGGAUAUGGUGAUUGGUGGUACAGAUACAUCAACGAACACAAUAGAGUUUGCGAUGGCAGAGCUAAUAAGCAAACCUGAGUUGAUGAAGAGAGCACAACAAGAGCUAGACGAAGUUGUAGGCAAAGAAAACAUUGUUGAAGAAUCACACAUCACUAGACUUCCUUACAUAUUAGCCAUUAUGAAAGAAACACUUAGGCUUUACCCAACCAUUCCUUUGUUAGUGCCUCACCGUCCGGCUGAAACCACGGUGGUGAGUGGCUACACCGUACCUAAAGACACUAAGAUAUUCAUUAACGUAUGGUCUAUUCAGAGAGAUCCAAACGUGUGGGAGAAUCCAACUGAGUUUCUUCCAGAGAGGUUUCUUGACAAGAAGUCUUGUGAUUUCACUGGAAGCGAUUUUAGUUUUCUUCCGUUUGGAUCUGGCCGGAGAAUUUGUGCUGGUGUAGCACUCGCUGAGAGGAUGGUUUUGUACACUCUUGCGACGCUGUUGCAUUCGUUCGACUGGAAGAUUCCGGAUGGUAACGUGGUGAAUUUGGAAGAGAAGUUUGGGAUUGUUUUGAAGCUCAAGACUCCUCUUGUUGCCUUGCCCGUUCCUAGGUUGUCCGAUUCUAAUCUUUAUCUAUAG